CUUCCCUAAAAAAAGCCAACCCAACACCAACAAAUAAGCUCAAUGAGAAAAUUUUUGUGAUAAAUGUAUCUUUGAGUUGAUAAGUGUGUAGGUGUUACCGAAAAAAUCGUUUCGACAUGGUUUUGUAGUACAUACAUUUACGAGUAGCUUAUUUUAGUAGAAUAAAUUCGAAAAUACCUCAGUUUCAAUUCGUAUAUGCCGGCUCUAACCUGAGUUUGCGAUUAAAAAAAUGUUUGGUUCAACUAAGAAACCCGCUCCUCAGCAACAGAACGCCGAAAAGCAACAAACUCUCCUUACUCUAACUAUAUUAACUAUAGCUGCUAUUCUAUCAUUUGCUACGAGAUUGUUCUCAGUGUUAAGAUUCGAGAGCGUUAUUCAUGAAUUCGAUCCUUACUUCAACUACCGCACGACUAAGUACCUUGCCGAGCAAGGUUUCUAUUCGUUUCACAACUGGUUCGAUGACAGAGCUUGGUACCCUCUAGGAAGAAUCAUAGGAGGUACCAUUUACCCGGGUUUAAUGGUAACUUCGACGGUUUUAUACCAUCUCUGCUGGUUGCUGAACAUCACGAUAGAUAUUCGAAAUGUCUGCGUAUUCCUCGCGCCCUUGUUCUCUUCGUUUACUACCAUCAUAACGUAUUUACUCACCAAAGAGGUGAAAAACUCCGGGGCCGGUUUGGUAGCCGCCGCGUUUGUGUCUAUUGUACCUGGAUAUAUCAGUAGGUCCGUAGCUGGUAGUUACGAUAACGAAGGAAUUGCAAUUUUCUGCAUGCUGCUGACUUAUUACACUUGGAUUAAAGCUGUGAAAACCGGUACUAUUUACUGGGGUACUUUAAGCGCUCUAGCUUAUUUCUAUAUGGUUUCAUCAUGGGGAGGAUACGUGUUCCUAAUAAAUUUAAUACCGCUUCAUGUACUCACCUUAAUGAUAACCGGUCGUUUUAGUCAUCGAAUUUACGUAGCUUACAGUACCUUGUACUGUGUAGGGACCAUUUUGUCCAUGCAAAUAUCGUUCGUUGGUUUCCAGCCUGUACAAAGUUCUGAACACAUGUUGGCCUUGGGAGUGUUCGGCUUGUGCCAGAUCUUGGCGUUUGUGGAUUACGUGCGCAGCAAAUUGUCCAAAUCGGAUUUCGAAACGCUGUAUAAUUUCAUAACGUACAGCGUGGGAAUGAUUACGGUAACAGUGGGGAGUGUUUUGAUGAUCUCCGGUAAAAUUUCCCCGUGGACGGGAAGGUUUUAUUCGCUGCUCGAUCCUUCGUACGCCAAAAAUCACAUACCUAUCAUAGCUAGUGUGUCGGAGCAUCAGCCGACAUCUUGGAGUUCCUUUUAUUUCGAUUUACAAAUACUGGUGUUCCUCUUCCCGGCUGGACUGUACUUCUGUUUUAAGCAGCUAACGGACGAGAAUAUUUUUAUGAUUCUGUACGGUGUAACGAGCAUUUACUUUGCUGGAGUGAUGGUUCGUUUGAUGCUGGUGCUAUCGCCUAUAAUGUGCAUUCUAAGCGGCAUAACGGUCUCCCAUUUACUGAUGAAAUUCAUGAAAGACAUUGAUACAACGAAGCAACAGGAGCACAAGAAAUACAAGAAAUCUGAUGCUAAUGCCAGUUUCCAAAGCGAAGUAUCCACCGCAUUCGUAGCUGUAGUAACCAUUUUGUUGAUUUCCUACACUUUCCAUUGUACCUGGGUAACCUCGGAAGCCUACAGCUCUCCUAGUAUCGUCCUCAGUGCUAGAUCGCACGAUGGUGGCAAAAUAAUCUUCGAUGACUUCAGAGAAGCUUACUACUGGUUGAAAAUGAACACGCCCGAAGAUGCCCGCAUCAUGUCUUGGUGGGAUUACGGCUAUCAGAUAACAGCUAUGGCUAAUCGGACUAUACUGGUGGAUAACAAUACCUGGAAUAACACGCAUAUAAGUAGAGUAGGGCAAGCGAUGGCCAGUACGGAGGAGAAGGCAUAUGAAAUAAUGAAGGAGUUGGAUGUGGAUUACGUUUUAGUCAUCUUUGGUGGCCUUACGGGUUAUUCUUCAGACGAUAUCAACAAGUUCUUAUGGAUGGUGAGAAUUGGUGGUAGUACUGAUAGAGGUGCGCACAUCAAGGAAUGGGAUUAUUAUUCCCCCAGUGGAGAAUUUCGAGUGGAUAAAGACGGUUCGCCGACUCUCCUAAAUUGUUUGAUGUACAAAAUGUGCUAUUACCGGUUCGGGCAGGUUUACACUGAAGGUGGAAGGCCUCCUGGUUACGAUCGAGUUCGAGGUGCUGAAAUCGGUAACAAAGAUUUCGAAUUGGACGUUUUGGAAGAAGCUUAUACGACUGAGCAUUGGCUAGUCAGAAUUUACAAAGUCAAAGAUCUGCCUAAUAGAGGAGUGUAAUAAUUGUAUUAUCGUUCAUUUUUUACUCAACAUGUAAUAUAUUUAAUUUACAUUCUUUUGUAGAUUAUAAAUAACAUAUUCCAAUUA